UGCAAAGGGUCGGAAAUGUUGUCUUAACAACAUUAAUUUUGAUGAAAACAUUUCGUUAGAUUAAUGAUACAUCAACUUGAUGACCAAGAAUGAUUAAUAGAUUAGGCUUAGUUUUAGACUAAAGGCUUUAGAUUACUUGCGCACAGGAACUUUUAAAUUAGCAUAAAUAAAACAAAUAUAAGACCUUGAAUGUAAUUAUAAUGGUAUUUUCAUGAUGUUAGAAAAACACAUACCACAGUAAAUCAUUGAUGAGCAUUGAGUUUUUGUAAUUCAAUGAAGUAAACUAUGAGAAGAUCACAGUUUUUCUUCAGGCUGCUUCAUCUAGCUCAGGAAGAUAACCCUAAAGAGCUUCACCAGUUUAUAUUAAAGAACAAGGAGUAUGACCCAAUUCCAUGGACAAAUGUUUAUCACGAGAAGUCGGGAGAUACAGUGUUACAUGUUGCAGCACGAAAUGGUGCAAUGGGUGUCCUAAAGUAUCUGAAUAAUGAAGAAAAGCCGAAGGGUUAUGUUAAUUUUGAACAAGCUAACCUAGAUGGAAAACGUCCCCUACAUGAAGCUGCUCAGGCUGGUCAGAUAGAUUGUGUUCGAUAUCUUUUGUCUCUUAAUGUUAACGUGGACAGUUUGAAGCGUGCAGAUUGGACACCUUUGAUGUUGGCAUGUACAAAGAAUAAUCUGAAUGUAAUUAGAGCCCUUGUGGAAGGUGGAGCCAAUCUCCUUCUUCGGAAUAAAGAUGGAUGGAAUAGUUUCCAUAUUGCCUGCAGAGAAGGGAACUCGGACAUUAUUAACUACCUUGUGGAGCAGACUAGCCUUCAGUUGGAUACAGUCAGCAAAAAUGGAAGAACCCCUCUUCACACAGCAGCUCUUCAUGGUCAUUUGAAAAUAGUGGACAUUAUUUUGAAUAGAGAGCAUAAUCUUCUUGACCGACAGGACAGUUGCGGUAGCACACCCCUUAUGGAUGCUUCAAGAGGAGGUUAUAUAGACAUUGUGGAUAUUUUGAUAAAACAUGGUGCUAACAUAUCGUACCAAGACGCUCUUGGAAGAAACGCUCUCCAUUUAGCAGCUCAAGCAGGAAGUAUAAAAGCAUGUGAACACUUAGUACAGGUAUAUGGCAUGAAUGUUAAUAGUACUUCACCACUGGGACAAACAGCACUUCAUUUUGCUGCAAAGGAGGGACAGUCUGAAGUUAUUUAUAAACUUGUUCAACUUGGUGCUAAUAUUAGAGCUUUGGACAAUAAAGGAAGAAGAGCUGAAGACAUUGCUACUGGUGUUCGGCACAAAAAGUGUGUCCAACUCUUGCAAGAUUUGGAUCAGUGAUACAAGGAUGCCAGAAAUAUCUCAUAUUUGCAAUGCGAUUAAUUUUUGGAUUGGAAACAUAUUUUCGUUUUUACCAUUUCUAAAUUUGUGGCCAGAAUAGCUUUGUUGUUUUCUUAUGUAAACAUGAACAAAAUAUUUCUAAGAUUGGGACUAGAAACGAGCUUUACAAGAGAUCUUUCGUUUAUUAUGACUAUUAUUAAUCGUUGCAUCUUUCAUCAAUAUCACGGUGCUAUUUUACUCCAAUCCGUAUUGUUUACAUGAAAGUUGUAAAUGUUUUUUGUUUUUUUUCCUGAUAUAAUCAUGUGGAAUAAUGCUUAUGGUUGUUAUUUUAAGAAAUUGUGUGAAACUUGCUGAAAACUUCAUUAAUAAAAACUAAAUAAAUUAUAAAAUAAUCUGCUUUUAUAUUUUAAUGAUAUCACAGAGUAUGUAGGAGACAGGUCUGGCAGUUAGGGCGCUUGACUCGCAAUGUUUAGGGGUUCCAAUCCCUUUCACUGAACACGCUUGCUCUUUCAGCUGUGGUGGUAUUAUAAUGUUAUGAUUAAUCCCUCCAUUUGCUGGUAAA